UAGUUGCGAGUUUUUGGAAAUUCGUCAUCUCGUAUGACACCUUCAUCAGCGUCGUCUUCACAACGUAGAUGACUGACGACAGCAACAAUGCUGGAGACGAGAGGGAAGCAAUGGCUAUGGAACCCCGGAAGGCCCCGGAUGGAGGACAUGGAUGGGUGUGUGUCGCGGGUCGCUUCUUCAUCGUCGCCCUGUCGGCGGGCUUUACCAGCGGCUUUGGGAUUUUGUAUGUGGAAAUAAUUGACUAUUUUGAUACCAGCAGGGCUGAAACAGCGUGGAUGAGUUCGUUAUUCGGCGGAAUGAAUUGUGUUGGAGGCCUGUUUGGAGGAGCGGCAAUACAGCGUUAUGGCAGCCGCACCACGACUGUAGCGGGAUCCAUCCUCGCAGGUGCAGGGUUCAUCGGCUGUUACUUCUCCCCAAACAUCUACCUCCUGUGCUUCGCCUACGGUAUUCUUGUUGGUACAGGGCUGGCGCUGAUGUUCGUGUCCUCAUCUGUGAUUGUACUUCAGUACUUCGACAAGAGACGGGGGCUAUCCAUGAGUAUAUCCUCCCUUGGGGAAGGAGUGGGUAUGCUAGUGUUACCUCCCCUUACCAACCUGCUGAUAGAGACGUACAGCUGGCGGGGCGCCUUCCUGGUGACUGCAGGAAUCACUCUGAAUGCAGCAGUCUUUGGUCUGCUGUUUGUACCACCACCAUAUGUCAGCAAGGCCUCCCAAAAACGAACGGCAAAACGCGGUGUCCUUCACUCCUUCAAGCAACUGUUGCAGAAGAAGUUGUUUUUCUUAUUUGCUUUUGGAUCCUUCUUGCUUCACGUCGGUUACACCGUGCCCAUUGUACAUCUCAUAGACCUGGUCGUGCUGAAGGGUACUGGAAAGAGUCAGAGCACUUUGUUGAUGUCUGUGAUGGGGAUAACGAGCCUAGUCUCUAUCGUCAUCUUCGGCUGGAUCAGCGACUUGCCCAAAGUCAGCAGGAUAAGUCUCCACUCAGGGUGUAUCGCUGUUCUGGGCGCCAGUAUCAUGGUGGUACCCUCACUCAGCAAGGCCGUCCACUUCUUUAUUUUCGCUGGGAUAUUUGGAAUGUUUAACGGUGCGUGGUACAUGGGUCAAGGGGUGGUGCUGUCUCAGAUUGUCGGCGUCGAACUCACCAGUGUCGCAUUUGGUGUCCACUCUCUCCAUACCGGUUCGGGGAUGUUCCUGUCGUCCCUCCUUGCAGGCUGGCUGUUUGAUGUCACCGGAAGCUACGUUCUGCCGUUUUACACAGCAGGAUGCCUGUAUCUAUGUGCCAGCCUUAUCACCCUCAUUGUGGUGAUUGCAAGACACAGAGUGACAGAGAGCAGCAGGCCUCAGGACUCGCAGACAUGAACAUUUACGAUCUAUAGGUUAGAGCAAAACACAUCGAAUACCAAGUGUUCACGGGAUGUUUUAUGAUUGAUGGUUGAGUUUCACUGUCUCAUGUUCUGCGCCCAAUGGAGUGUGUUUGGGCAGGUAGACGGCACUGGUUGAGUUUCAGUGUCUCAUGUUCUGCGCCCAACGGAAUGUGUUUGGGCAGGUAGACGGGACUGACACUGGCGGUGAUGUUUAGAGUUUGCUUGAACUGGGUCGAUGAUUCUGUGAGACAACUAAAGUCGACUUAGUAAACCUACCUCCUACCUUGUAACAUAUCUUACAUUUGACAACUUUCUGAAUAGCAUUGUGUCUUCAUACCUCCUACCUUGUAACAUAUGUUACAUUUGACAACUUUCUGAAUGGCAUUGUGUCUUCAUACCUCCUACCUUGUAACAUAUGUUACAUUU